AUGAGUAGUGGAAUCGAAAUUCGCGCAGCUAAAGACAAUGAACGUGGCAAAGUGCUUGAAUUUUUAGAAAGAAAUUUCUUCAAUGAAGAACCAAUAAACAAAUCGUAUCCGUCAGAUGAUCACAGUGUGGAAGGAGAAUUUUUACUAUCAUGCUUGUCUCAUGGCAACAUCAUUCUCGCAAUUGACUCGUUCAACAAUCAAAUUGCUGGCCUCGCUUGCUUCGGAGAAAUCACAAAAUUCUACGCACAAGAAGGUUGGGAUGAGUCGGAAAUUACAACAAACAGAACAUGGCGCGACAUAUUAAAAUUCAUGUCUCACAUCGAAAUGAAAGCGAAUGUUUGCGAACGUUUUGCAGUUCCCAAAGCUUUACAUCUGCAUUGUGUUACGGCCGAUAAGAAAUAUCGUGGAAAAGGAAUUGGGAAACUUUUAUUCAACGAAUGCUUCAAAGUGGCUAAAAGUCGACAUCUCCAUCUUGUCAGUGCUGACUGUACGAGCAUUUAUUCCAUUCACAUCGCUGAGAUUCUCGGUAUGGAAUGCGUAUCAACAGUAACAUAUGACGAGUAUCAUGAGAAGCUUGGAUAUGAAAUCUUCAAGCCAAUUCCACCACAUUUUGAGAUAAAAACUUUUAUCAAGAGAAUUUAA